CCCGUCGGUCUCUGCUGCCUCCACACGGACAGAGUUUGCCAUUGGCGAGUGGGUUUGGGUGACCUGUCGCCCAGAGCAGUACGAGGGGCGCCCGGCUUGGAUGCGAUGUACGGAGACAGCUGGGCGCGUGGAGUGGGACACGAGCCGUGUGAGCUGUGUGGAAAAGUGUAAAGCUCCAGACACCCGGGACGCCAGGGUCCGGUUCGCCCUCGAGCAGCAGUUUUACAGCCCAGGGGACGUGGUGACAUGGAGCUGCCCUGCGGGGCACCGGCCCUCGCAGCCUGACAUCAGAUGCACUAGACGGGGGAGCCAGAGUGUCUGGAGUGGGACAGCCGCCUGCAUUGAGAUCCCCCGGAUCAUCCCAGGGGCCCUGGAGGUUUCACCCACCACCAUCAAACUGCGCUGGACUUGUGAGCCCCCCGAAUCCUGCCAGGGCAGCUGGAAGAUACGGGCCCAAUGCCGGCUGGAUGGACCCUGGUCGGGCCCCUGCUGGAGACAAGGGCUCACCAGCGAGCAGCCGUUACAGGGACGGGACGGAACAGUAACGUGCAACUCCCUGCACCCCUUCACCUCCUACAGAGUCACCAUCUCUGGGGGCUACCCAGCGACCAGACCACCCAGCACUGUCCUUUAUACCCAGCGGGUCACCACGAGUGAAACAGCCCCAGACCAACCCGAGAUCGAGCCGCUGGAUCCCAGCACCAAAACCCUCAGGUGGAAGCCGCUGCUGCCCUGCAAAGGGGCGAUCGUCGGGUACCAGCUGAACAUCACGGCCAGGAGAGAGUACGACAGCGAUUUCCUUGAGGUCGAGGAGCUGCGGGUGAAUCAGUCGGUCACCAAGUACCUGCUGCAGCCCUGGAGACACGGGACCAACUACUCGGUGACAAUCCAGGGCCUCACGGCUGCCGGCCUUGGGCAGGCGUCGCGCUGGGACUUUGAAACCAACAUCUCUGAGCCGGCCAUCCCCGCCAACAUCACCGCCCUGAGCGUCUACAGCAUCUCCCUGUCGAGCGGGACGGCUCUGCUCCCCCUGCAGCCCUUCCCUGAGCUCCAUGGACCCAUCAGCGAGUAUCAGAUCAUUGUAUCUGCGCUGCAGAACGACAGUGAAGCAGACGCCUGCCGCUCACCGGGUCUGCAGCCGUUCAACUCCAGCCUGGAGCGCGACGUGUACCUGGCUGCCGUGCUCCCCGCGCACAACCUCACAGGCCCGACUGACUUUGUGCUGGGCGACGGGACCCGUCACUACGGGUACUACAAUGCUCCCCUCCGCCCCCACAGGAACUACACGGCCUUCGUCCGCAUCGUCAGCCGCUGGAACCAGAUGGAGAAAUCCAGCUGUGUGCGCUAUGACUUCUCCGUUGGAGAGGCCCAGACGCCCCAGCCCGGGGGCCUGGCGCUAGCCGUGGCAGUGCUGGUGGUGCUGGUGCUGCUGGCCGCAGGGGCCCUGCUGCUGUGGUUCGUGGUCGCCAGGAAGAAGCGGAACGACUCAAAGGACCACAAGAGCAACGGGGCAAUCCCCCUGAAGAGGAACCGAGGAGCAGGUGCAAGCAGGCUGCGCACGCAGAUCCCGGUGGCUGAACUGCUGGAGUCUCUGAAGCGGUUUAAGAAAGCGGAACUGGAGGAGGAGGGGGCCGAGGACGACGCAAAUCCCGAACGGCCCCCAGUGGGGCGCAAUGCGGAGUACCAGAAACUGGUCUCGGGUUUGCUGCACCCAGGCCAUGCUGGCAAGGAGCCCUGCAACCAGGCCAAGAACCGCUACAAGAGCGUCAUCCCAUACGAUCACUGCCGGGUGGUGCUGCAGUCCGCUAGCCCGGGAGCUGAUUACAUCAAUGCCAGCUACGUCGAUAGUUACAGGAGCCCCCGCUUCUUCAUCGCUGCUCAGGGCCCGCUGCCUGGCACCGUGGUGGAUUUCUGGCAGAUGAUCUGGCAGGAGAAGACCUCGGCCAUUGUGAUGUUAACGGGCCUGGUGGAGCAGAACAAGACCAAGUGUGAGCAGUACUGGCCGGAGGGCGAGCAGGUGUACGGGGACUUCACGGUGACACUCAGCAACACCUGGAUAACCAUGGGCCUGGUCACACGCACCUUCCGCCUGCAGAGGGCCGGUUCUCCUCUCCCGAGACACAUACAGCAGUUUCACUACCUGCUGUGGCCAGACCACGGGGUCCCCAGCAACGCGGCCCGGCUCCUGCAGCUGGUGGAGAUGGUGAACGAGAGGGUGUCGGAGGCGCCUGCCGGCCCCGUGCUCGUGCACUGCAGUGCAGGGAUCGGCCGCACAGGCACCUUCAUCGCCCUGGACUUCCUCCUGAAGAUGGCGCGGGCUGAGGGCAGCGUGGAUGUCUUCCGCUGCGUGCAGAGGCUGCGGGAGCAGCGGGUCAGCAUGGUGCAAACAAAGGAGCAGUACAUCUUCCUCUACGAGGUGCUGCUGGAGGGGCUGCUGUGCGGGAACACCGGGGUCCUGGCGGAGAGCGCCCCCAGCCACGUCAGCCGCCUACGCCAGCCCGACGCCCAGACGCAGAUCAACGGGUUCUCGCGGGAGUUCAAGGCCUUGCAGAAGUUUUCCGAACUCUCCGCGCUCUCCCCAUGCAAGGAGGCCCAGCAGCCCUGCAACCAGCCCAAGAACCGCAAGCCGGCGAUCCUGCCAGCGGAUUGCAGCCGCCCCAUCCUGAUGUCCUCCCUGAAAGCGGACGGCUCGCCUGGCUACAUCAACGCCGUCUUUGUCAGCACGUACGUGGAAGAAGACAACAUCAUCGUCACCCAGCUGCCGCUCAGGGAGACGCUGGUGGAUUUCUGGGCCUUGCUCUGGGACUACACCUGCACCGCACUGGUCAUGCUGAACCGCCUCGAGGAGCUGGACCAGACAUACCUGGCGUUCUGGCCUGCGCACGGAGAGGCCUCUUACGGCCGUUUCCACGUCAAGCUGAUCUCGGAGGAGCCGGGAGCCGGCUUCACCAUCCGCACACUUGCUGUAACCAACAGGCAACAGCCUAAGAAGGCCGCGCUGGAGAUCAGGUUGUGGCAAGUAGAUGACUGGCCCAUGCAGCAGCAGCUCCCCCCACACCCUGCCACCAUCAUCAGCCUGCUGGGGGAGGUGGAGCGGAGCCAGCGGACAAGCCAGGACAGCCACGUGCUCGUCACUUGCUGGGACGGUGCCAGCCGCUGCGGGCUCUUCUGUGCCGCCAGCUUCGUGUGCGAGCAGAUCCGCAGCGAGGCGCUGCUGGACGUCUCGCAGGCGGUGAGAAUGCUGAAGCGCCGGCGCCGGCAGAUGAUCAAGGACGUGGUGCAGUACACGUUCUGCUACGAGUUAGCCCUGAGCUACCUGGACUCAGUCAAAAUCUAUGGGAAUUUCAAAUAGAGGCGAGCAAGGGACCGUCUCGAGUCAGGACCUGCCACUGCUCCUGCUUCUCGUGGCACCUCCGUGCUGCUCUGUGCCCGGGCAGACGCCCUGUCCUGGGGAGCGAGCCGGGGCCACGGAACCUGGCAGAGACGAGGAGGGUCCUGGUGAUGCCGGCUGGGUCGCUCUGGACUCCUGACACUCCGUACCCUGGAGCCCACACAGCUGGCUGAAGCAGACGAUAUCCUCUGGGAUCAUUUCCGGGGCGUGGGUUGAUCCCAGACUUUGCCCAGCCAGGGACUUGGGCGGUAACUUACCUGGAGCCAGAGCGAGUGUGCACUGUGACGUCUCAGGGUUAGCCGAGGUGUCCGGGGGGAGUUGCUACCGCCGCUCACAGCGGGAGGGAGCCCUGGCCAUGCCCACCAGGAAAACUCUCCCAGAGUCCCGGCUGCCGGCAACACAAGCUCUCCACUCCGGGCUCCACCAGCCCUGUGCCUUCCCUCUGCAGGCUGGUCAUUUACACGCCCUGCCCAUUUCCACUCCCGGGCCUGAUCCUGCGUCUCCUGGACCCCAGCAACACACACCGAUCUGCUGCCCUGUGGAAACGGUGCCUCAGUGUACCAGCUUCACCUCGGUUCAACCCACAUUUUAGGUGCAGCCCAUCCUGUCAUCUUGUGAGCAAGGAGCACGGCCCAGUGCUGGGGCAGCACCUGUACCAAGAAAAACCCAAUCCCCAGAUUCCUGUUUGUCGCCUUAUCAUCAUUAGAACAGGAGUCCUGGUGGCACCUUAGAGACGAACACAUUGAUUUGGGCA